AUGAGGCCACACCAGCAGCAGCAGCAGCAGCAGCAGCAGCAGCAGGAUGAAGCUAGAAGCAGGGCUUGGUGCCGCAACAACUGCUGCACUCUGCUGCGGCGUUCUUUGCGUUUAAUUGAUGCUAAGUACCUCACCCCCUUCUUCGUCGCCACCCGCCGGCCCCGCAGACAGCCGAGAGAGCAGCAGGAGGGUGCUGAGCUGCAGCACAUGACUGCAGCAGACAAGCAGCAGCAGCAGCAGCAGCAGCAGCAGCAGCAGCAGCAGCAGCAAGAGCAGCUGCGUAGAAGAGGUAACGAGGUGUAUAUAACUCUGCCGCAGAAUACAGAAUGUACAGACGGCGAUCUAGCUGCUGCAGCUGACCUCAUUAGAAGCAGCAGUUUGCUGCAGCAGCAGCUGUAG